AUGCUUGUUGAUCUAGUGUCAAUUGCUAGUUCUGAUCUGGUGCCUACUGUCAGUGGAUCUGGCAAUGACGACCUUUUGGAAGACUUAAUCUCAGUUAUCUCAGACGACGACGACAACUUGCUUACUAUCGAGUGCUACCGACAGCUUGCAAGCAACGAUGACAUCCCUUUUGUGAAAAUUCAUCAUUUGGACCCACCCAACCCCAUCAUUUUGCCGUCCAAAAGCGGUUCACCUUACGACAACAUCCAUCUUUUGCAGCUGGUCACAAACGCCUACGGUUUCCAUCGUUAA